AUGUCGAUGGGUUUCACGCCUGACAGCCUCAACGCCACAGACCCGUCCAAAUCCGCCUUCCUGGAGUUCGCCCACGGACACCCGCCUCACCCGCACCAGCAGCCCUCCCCCGGACUGUCCCACAUCUACCCGGUCCACGGGCUACACGCUGCGGGACACUCUCAGCACGACAGCCCCUUCCCCACCGGGUCUUCAUAUGGACGCUCCCUGGGAUACCCGUACCCCAGCCCGGUCAGCGCUCACCCUCCGUCCGCGUACAUGUCGUACGCGCACGGACACAGUCCCAGCGGCGCCCUCGCGCACGGAAGGGCUCAGCUCUCAGACCGGGACAAAGCCACAGUGAUGCCUGAGAGCAGAGAUAUUCGCCUGAACGGCAAAGGAAAGAAAAUCCGUAAACCCAGAACCAUCUACUCGAGCCUCCAGCUGCAGGCGCUGCACCAGCGCUUCCAGCAGACCCAGUACCUGGCCUUACCGGAGCGCGCGGACCUGGCCGCCAAACUGGGCCUCACGCAGACUCAGGUGAAAAUAUGGUUUCAAAAUAAGCGCUCCAAGUACAAAAAGAUAAUGAAGCAUGGCAGCGGAUCAGAGGGCGAGCAUCUCCACAGCACUGCCAACUCUAUCUCUCCGUGUUCGCCCGGAUUGCCUCAGCUCUGGGAGGUCUCCAUGGCGAACAAAGGCGCGCAAAUGCACCCGAACAAUUACAUGAACACUUUUGGGCACUGGUAUCCAAACCACCACCCGCACCACCACCACCAGGACGCGAUGCCCAGGCCCCAAAUGAUGUGA